AUGAUGGCCGUGGAAGCUGCCAGGGCUAAACAACUCCCAUACCUCGAUCCUAUGACCAUGGAUCCCUCCAUGUAUUUCCCUGUCGAGGGUCUCCCCCAUUACACACAGGGUCAUGAUAUGUCGCACGCUCAUUCCUACUACGAUACCCACCCUUUGUUGGAGUCUGCAGAUCUGCAAAAUCCUACCUAUUUCUCCUCUAUACCCGCUACACCCCCUUCAAUCUCUGCAUCUCACUCCGCAGAGCAGUAUAUCCCUACUGGGUCUGCUACCUCAGGGCAAUCCAUUGCGAGCGCAUCUUCUUCAGCCAUGGGGUCACCAUACUCGGGCACUGCCCAUGCGUUCCCGGAGAACUGGGUGAAUACGAACCAUGGAUUGGGUCUACCGGCCGCAGUGAUGAACGAUAUUUUCUCUCAGGAUUACAUGGGGAGCACAUUGGACAUGGAAAUGCCUUUUCAAGAAAAGUUCCCGGACCCUUUCGUCGAUCCCUCAUUGAUUCAACCGUCGCAACAAGGCCCUGGAAUUACCCCAACUAUCUCAUACCCCGACCAACACACCUCCUACUCAACCGUGCCACCCAAUUACAUUCCUCGCUCUCCCGCCGGAUCACCUCACCCAUAUAAUGACGUCGCAGAGCACCACACCUCGCCCCGCUCACACCCAAUACAACAGACUGGGCCAUCUCCCCUCAUGGUCCCGCACAGGUCGCAUUCGCGACCACUUUCAAUCUAUGAUCGACGAUCGUCAAUUUCCUCAAUUCAUUCCCGACGCUCGCAACAUAGCCCGGCGCUGAGCAGCAUUGAACCAGAUGAAGACACCAAAGAAAAAGGCCGCUGCCCACACCCCGACUGUGGGCGAGUCUUUAAGGACCUGAAAGCCCACAUGUUGACUCACCAGUCAGAGCGACCAGAGAAGUGCCCGAUCUUGAACUGCGAGUACCACAUCAAGGGAUUCGCGCGCAAGUAUGACAAGAACCGCCACACCCUCACCCACUACAAAGGAACAAUGGUCUGCGGUUUCUGCCCAGGCUCCGGCUCCCCCGCGGAAAAGAGCUUCAACCGCGCUGACGUCUUCAAGCGCCACCUGACCUCCGUCCACGGCGUGGAACAAACCCCGCCAAACUGCCGGAAGCGCAGCCCUGGAUUAGCCAUGAAGGGCACCAACUACAGCUCUGAUGCAACAGGAAAGUGCUCAACCUGCUCAUCGACCUUCAGCAACGCGCAGGACUUCUACGAGCAUCUGGAUGACUGCGUUCUCCGUGUGGUGCAACAAGAAGAGCCCUCGGAGGCAAUCAACCAGCAGCACAUGGCAGAGGUCGCUUCAGAUGAUGAUGUCAAGAAGACCAUGGAGAGACAUCAACUACUCGACGUGGCUGGCCCGGUCGAACAAUUUGACGAUUAUGAAGACCAAGACGACGACGAUACCCACGACCCCUCCAACUGGCGCGGCCUGAAGACUAAGGCCAGAUCCUCAAAGGGAAACAUCCCUGCCUCCCGCCCUAUUAUUGGAUCCGGCAAUGCUGUCUCCAAGAAUUCGUCAAAGCCCGCACGUGCUGUCGCAACCCGCCGUCGCAAUAACCGUGGCAACUACCCGAACUCUUGGGGCUGUCCCAGUAGCACCAUGAAGACCAAGAAGCGUGUGCUAUGUGUCUUUGAUGGCCAGCGUCGUCUGUGGAAAGACGAAAUGAUGCUCAACAACGAGUUCGAGGUCCGUCUCCGACUCCCCGGUGGUGCGGGCGAUGGCACCAACCGCGAUGCCUAUGUUACCGAUCUAGAUGUCGAGACAUUGAAGCGCGCUGAAGGUGUGAUCAAUGCCACCGAGGAGGAGCGUGGUCCUUGGUUGAAUGGUCCUUCGCCUCAUAUCAUGGGUCAGCCGGCUAUGUUAAUGCCAGAACUGUGCCAGCCCCAUGAUGAUGAGCUUUCGAUCAAUGAAUUAAUGGCUUAA